AUGGCUCAAUGGGAUAUUGCUCGUCUCGAGGCUGAAGCCCCGAUGGUCCGUGAGUCAAGCUCGAAACGAUAUCCAAUAACCCAACACACCCGCUCCUCCUCGAAUCGACUCACGGGACACAGGUGCCUUGACGUACACAAAGCGUGGCAUGGUCUAGUUACCGACAUGUUUGUUUUCCCUACCUCGACGUUGGCCGAGGAAAAAACAACGAUGGCAGAUACAGAUGAGUUGCAGGGAAUGAUGGGUUCAAGCGAUGUCGAAUAUGAUGCAUGGUUUGAGUUUGAACCUGUUCCAAAUAUAAUGGGGGGUUUAUCAGAUGAUUUUGCUUUGAAUUAUCCAUCGAUGGGUGUCGACCAAUCAACAGACCAAAGUUGCAGUGCCGACGCAGUACUACUAUAA